GGCCCCGGGGAGACCUUAUCUGACUGGGGGAAUCAGCCCCAGGCCCCGGCGAGGUGGGCGGCCUCUGUCGGGUACCACUCCGGGCCUCACGGUACAAACCUACCUCCAAGUCCCACGCGUUUCAAAGGCUAAAUCCCCGCUCCCCCACCCUGCAAUAGGUGCUGUCCCCCGGGGCGCCAGCUUCCCCAGCUGUGACUCCGCCGCCAUUGGGGCACAGAGGGUCCGUCCUUCUGAAGUGGCGGCCCCGGCCCCGUCCCUGUCCUGGGCCCGGCGCGCACCCACCGAGGGCGCUGUCCGGGAGGCGGCUGGCGAACUUGAGGUCACUGGGGAUGGUGAGGAUGUAGAAGAAGUGGAAAAAGAUGUCCACGGCCACGAUGGCUACCACGCUGAGGCCCGCCUGGGCCCGGAUGCGCCACAGCUCGCCCUCUCGCCGCACCGGCUCCACCUGGCUCACCUGAGGGACGGCUAGUGUCUGAGGAGGGGAGGCAAGCCCUGCGCGAGGAGCCCUGUCUGAGCGGUGCCUUGCUUGCCCCACCCUCAUCCCAGAGGCCCUGGAAGAUGAGGCACCACAUGGAGAGAGAGGCCACAUACAGGAGAAUGGAGGUGCCCCUGCUGAGCUGGCUGAACGGGGCAUGUGAGUGAUCCAGGUGGCAUGAUGUGAAGCAGAAUUACCUAGGCCACCCACAGAAUGACCUCGGUCUAGCCUGGGACUUCUUCCCACCAAAGCCGCCAGUGACACCGAGUACAGUGCCAUGUUCAUCCUAGAUCUUCAUUAUUGGUUACGGAUCCUCAGCAGAUUUUUCUCCUGUGCCGACAGCUUCCUUGGAUCGGGAUAGACAGACAACUCAUCACUGGCUGUUUCUACCGACCGGCUCCGAGUCUGUCCCAGCUGUUUCUCAAGCUCUCGAACCUGAGGGUGGUUCCACAACAGGCCUACAGUCAGACUCGACCCUCAGGGGGGCUGCCCUGUGAUGUGACAGGAGACCCCACUAGACAGACGACAACACGGUUCCAGGUCCCUCAUCUGUGAAGAGGCCUGUGAGUACACGCUGCAUAAUGUUGUUAUGAGAAUUCAGUAUCCUGAACUUGUCUGAGCCUGGGAAUCCCCAAGACGCUUCUUGGGAUGACAAAUCUUGGGGCCCACUCCAUACCAACAAGUCAGAGCUCCAGGGGAAGAACUCGGGGAUCUGAAUUUUAAACAAGUGCUACAGGUGAGGAGACUGCGACACAGAGAGAUGAAGAGGUUUGCCCAAAGACACCAAACUUAUAGACCAGUGACUGAGGCCAGACUCAAACUCAGGUCUCUUGAACCACAAGGCCACACACUGGUCGUUAACCACAGUUUUUCAGAGACCUCUCCCCCUUCAUGUUGGCUUCAGGGAUCCCACAGGAGACCCUGAGGGUACAAGCCACCUGGGAACCUGGGGAUGAAGGCGAUGCACUUGGCAAAUAGUGGAAACGACACACCUUUUUGUGUGACUCUUGGUUUCUUGGUACAGCUAACCUUCGGAUGGUGUCUCUUGCACGCCAGGCACUGUGGGCUGGUGGAAGGAAGUUACUGGAUCUGAGCCUGACCCAGAACAAGCAGCAUGAUGCUCAUGGGGCCAAGCUCCUGAAUGGAAGCCAUUGUCCCAGCCAUGGCCUUCCCAGGCCCAGGCCCACCCACGACGACCUGAACCCUGGCCUGGAAAUACCUUCUGGGCCACCCGGAGCUCCUGCUUCACAGCCUGGAUCUGGUUGCGGAGGUCACUCAUCUUCAGAUCGGGUGGACUAGACUUCUGGGAAACAGGAUGGGUCCUGCAGCGGCUUUCUGAACUUUCCUUAGUAGCCACAGACAAAACCGCCUGUGAACGCUAGCGUGAAAGACAGAUCCCAGAAGACUGGGUCUGGGGAGUUCCAUGGACCCCAGAGGCUCUGGGCAGCCCCGCUGAAAACCACUGGUCAAGGAAACUAGACCUGCACACAGGGCCCAGAAGGCCUGGACUCAUCUGGUCUUCUCAUCUAGGAAACGGCUGCUUCCUCACAGCACCCCCAGGAGGCCAAACAGAGGAACCAGUGUGAGCAGAAUUUGCAAAUUGGGAAUUUACAUAAAACACACGUGCAUCUUUCUUUAAUCUAUAUUUCUGUAUGUCCUUCCGCCGCCUGGCUGUGUGCCAUCCCUCCCCACUGCUGUUGGGAGCCUCUCUGCUCCCCUGCUAAGCUGCUGCUUUGAAUCUGCCCUGCGUUGGGAAGCAACAGUCCCUGCCUGUCAGAUCUUCGGUGCCCUGAGCCCCCUGCUGGCUCUGGUGGGUGGCGGUACAGGAGCCGUGAGAGCAGUUGGGAGCCUGAGGGCACGGAAAGAGCACACCGAUUGGAUCCGGAUCUGAGACCCAGGCGGCAAUAACCAUCUCCAAGCCUCGUUUCCUCUUCUGUGAAAUGGGGACACGUUAUACCAGCCUCCGGGGUACAUAAGAUGCCCGGGAAAACACGUGUCCCGAGGAAUGGAGACUGCAACCCACCACGCACUCUUCCGUCAGAAACCUCCCAGGCUCUCUGCAGCCACAGAAUGAAGUUGGACUUCCUAUUCCAGCUACCAUCAAGGCCUCCCUCCACAGGUGACCCCGGCCCAGCUUUGUUUGGAUGUGUUCCCCUUUUCCUCCUCAGGGGCCCUGGGCUGCAGCCAAACGUUAUCCAGCUGAUGCCCAGCUAACAAACAAAAUAGGAAUAUUGACGCUUUCCUGCUCUGAGCUUGCACUGCUUCUGCUGGAAGGGCCACCCCCAUCUUCCUGCUCCAGCAAGGCCACUUGAGGAAGCCCUCAUCCAUCCCACCUCCUGGCUGCCUCAGCCACCUGGGAAUUGCUCAACGGGCGUACAUCGAGCAGAGGACAAUCAGGGCCAAGGUCCCCACCAGAUCUGUAAGAACAAGGUCUAGCUCAUAACCACAGAGUCAGUGGUCAAUGUCCAGCCCACACCCACAGGGCUAAGGUCAUCUCCAGGCCCACAAAGCCAAGGUCCCUAACAGACCCACAGGGUCAAGGUCUCCAGCAACAGAACCAAGGUCUAACUCCGACCUGAAGGGCCAAGGUCCACUGUACAUGCUGCUGGAUCUCAGGAAAUCCUCCCAGAACAGCUAACUCCCCUGUCUUGUCCACCCUUCUGGAGCAGCAACAGCAAGUGGUGUAGAGCAAAUGCCUACUUCCACUGGGGCUUUUUCACGUCCAUGAUACGGUGUUUGAGCCAGAGCAUCCAGAUAGAAUGGAUGCCGUUGGCCCACCGAACAUGCAGCGAGCAUCACGGAGAACUCUUGUCAUGAGUCCCAGCGGGGUCACCCACACUGCCUGGAAUGCCUGCCUUCUGCCCCUGCUGUUCUCGUGCUUCCGUUUCCCAGCAAGCUGGCCUACCUGGCCUGCUCCAUUCCUCUCCCCUCUCCCUCACUUCCAGGAGUCAUCUGGACAAGCUUGAGCACAGCUGAACCUUGCACUGUCUCUUGAGCACCUGCCCUCUGGAACCUGCUGUUUGUCCUGCCCUGUAGGCUCCAUGGCAGCUGGGCCAGCCGACCUGGACUUCAGAGCAGAAACUGUCGCAACAGCGGUGGAGCUACCUGUGAAGGCAAAUCUGUCCUCUUCUAUUUUCUUUUUGAGGUGUUUGAUUUCAAAGUCCCUCUCCUUCAGCAACUUAUACAAUCGCCCGUUCUCAUCCACUGUUUCCCUGAGUUGAUCCCGAAGCCGUUCAAUCUCGUCUUCAAGCAUCCUGCAAGGCAAAGGCAGAAUCACAGGAACCGUUGGGCAGGGGUCAGGCCUCCACAGCCCAGCAUUUUUCAGUAGAACAUUGUGAAAAUCGAGAAACCAUGAAAAGUAGAAUUUGCAGAUGGAGAAGAUAGAUUCUGGGUGAAACCAGAAGCAAAGAGAUAGCUCAACAACUGCUGUGAUUUUUUUUUUUUUUUUUUGCAAAAUGACUAGCAAAGAAUUUUGUUUCAAUCCAGACUCCUGCUUCUAAUAACCAAUAUAAAUCAAUGCAUCUGUGUGACAUUGGCAAAUUUAAAACAAAAUGAGAAGAUUCUGGACUCCUUUCAACUGUUUCACCAACCAUAUAAAAGCAAGGAAUCCAUAAAUUGCUUCUUCAGGACAGUGCUCCUCGGAGAGUCCAAACUUGCAUUUACCUCUGCUCAAAGCUGGUUUUUGAGUUCUGCUCCCCGGCUUGGAGGACGCUGAGGCCAUCAGAGAUCUCCAGGGGCUCUUUUUGGUCAUCAACUCUGCUUUGGAGGCUAAGUUCUUUUUCCUUCCGUUUCUCCAUCUGCUUCUGUAACCUUCUGUGCUGCAUCUCCUGCAUGGCCCUGAACUGGAGCCUCAAGGUGUCCUGUGAGCCUUCAUCCUCUGCCAUCUUGCCCUUGGAGUAGGAAAAGAAACCUGAGCCUAAGCAAAUUCCACAAACUGCUCCUUUCCCAAGAGUGCUCAGCACAUAGUCAGCCCUGUCCACAACACCCAAACCUGGAGUUGGCUGCUUAUCUUUGCAUGUGUCCAUGAGGAAGCUUGGAAGACCCACCCUCACUUCAGGUCCCCUGAAAGCCAAAGCUGAGCCAAGCUAAGCGUCAGCUCUCUACACACCCUCCCAUGCCUGAAUGUGCCACCAGACCUCGAAUGGCAUCAGAAUACUCUCCCCAUCACUCAGAUUCAACAGUUGACUCCUUCCUGUCCCUAAAAACAGUGGCUCUCAACUCUGGCUGACCAUUAGAAUCUCCUAGGAGUCCCUAAAGUAUAGCAAUGCUGGGGCACAUCCCUGGACCAUUUAAAAUCUUAAUCCCUAGGAAUGGGGCUCAGACAUCAUUACUGUUUUUAACUAAGGUAUAAUUUUAGGUUGAAUUAUAAUUUACACAUAGUAAAGUGCGUAAGUCCUGAGUGUACAACUCAAUAAAUCUUUACACAGGUAUGCAGCCCUGGCUCCGGCUAGGGCCCCGGUGGCUGCCGGCUCCCCCAGCUCCAGCCCGGGCCCUUCUGUACUUUUCCCUGCACUUACAGUGGUCACGCCGCUGCUGCCUUCUUUGGCUGCAGCAGCUCGGGCACCUCUUCUAGACGCCUUAUUGCGCUGCCCCGGCAACCGUCACCAGGGAAACCAGCCACGCCGCUGCGUGACGUACUCACGAGUCUACGGCAACCAAGAGGGCGCCGGGAGUUCGGAAAGGGACAGAGGCGCAGAUGGUCCGGGUUGAGGCUGUAAUUUGACUAGAUUGCGCAAAGAAAGAAUUGAUCACUGGAAGCAAAAGCUUUCUGUUCACCACAGGUGAACAGCUCUUUCCACCACAAAGGAUAAAUCUGAUUUUCCACCUGGGCUCCCCAGCUGGCUCCUGGUACUUGGUAUGAUGGAGAGUACCGUGGUUAUGCAUGAACGUUGGGUUACAAGCACCCUGGCAUCAGAACCUCUGUUAAACAUUUUCGCCCACAGCACCUGAUGGUGUGCUGCACGUGGAAAAUACUUGUUGACUCAAGACUAUCUCUCUGCAGAGAGCUCCAGCCCUGGAUGUGUCCUCCCACCAUGGCCGCCACCGCCUCUCCUCUGACACCCACCGCCAAGGUGGCCAGUUCUGAGAACAGCAGCUCCUUCUAUGACUAUGAGUACUACCUGCACGACGUGGCCUUCAUGCUCUGCAGGAAGGACGAGGUGCUGUCGUUCGGCAGAGUCUUUCUGCCCCUCUUCUAUGGCCUGAUCUUUGUGCUGGGCCUGGGCGGGAACCUCCUUCUCCUAGUGGUCUUGCUCCGGUAUGUGCCUCGAAGGCGGAUGACCGAGAUCUAUCUGCUGAACCUGGCCAUCUCCAACCUCCUGUUUGUGGUGACGCUGCCCUUUUGGGGCAUCUCUGUGGCCUGGCAUUGGGUCUUUGGGAGCUUCUUGUGCAAGGUGGUAAGCACCCUCUACACCGUUAACUUCUACAGUGGCAUCUUCUUCAUCAGCUGCAUGAGCCUGGACAAGUACCUGGAGAUUGCUUGCGCUCAGCCUCACCACCGGCUGAGGACCCGGGCCAAGAGCCUGCUCCUCGCAGCUGCCGUGUGGGCUGUGGCCCUGGCUGCCUCCGUCCCCGACAUGGUCUUUGUGAGGACGCAUGAGAACGCCCCAGGCGUGUGGGACUGCUUUGCGGAUUUUGGGGGGCAUGGGACCAUCUGGAAGCUCUUCCUCCGCUUCCAGCAGAACCUCCUGGGGUUUCUCCUCCCCCUCCUUACCAUGAUCUUCUUCUAUUCCCGCAUUGGCUCUGUCCUGGCCAGGCUGAGGCCCCCAGGCCAGAGCCGGGCUCUGAGGAUGGCCAUAGGCCUGGUGGUGGCCUUCUUUGUGCUGUGGUUCCCGUACAACGUCACCUUGUUUCUGCACUCGCUGCUGGACCUGCAAGUCUUUGGGGACUGCACGGUCAGCCAGCGCCUGGACUACGCGCUGCAGGUGACAGAGAGCAUCGCCUUCCUCCACUGCUGCUUCACCCCCGUCCUCUAUGCGUUUUCCAGCCGCCGCUUCCGCCAGUACCUCAAGGCUCUCCUGGCCACUGUGCUCCGACGACACCAGGCUCCUUACCUUGCCCAGGCCCCACCGUCCAGCUAUUCUGAGAGUAGUAGGCUCAGUGGCCAAGAAGAUAUAACUGGCAUGAAUGACCUCGGGGAGAGGCAGGCUGAGGGCUCCCCCGACAAGGGGGACGCGGGGAAGAAUUCAGCCUGAGUGGCCACACCGCCGUCCACGAGAGCAGAUGGGACCCAGCUCAGCUGCGCAUCCACCAAAGCCCUCCCUUCAGAGGUCUCAGUGACGGUGCUGGUAACCAGUCAGUUCUUGGUCCUCAGCCAUCAGCAGCGUUCGCUCUCUCCUGUCUUCUCCCUCCUCUUUCUCCACUGCCUGCCAGGACGCCACACUCGCUGGCCUGAAUGGCUCCCAGCUGACCCCUGGGCUUCCUAUCCUCGUGCUCUCCUGUCAUCUAACCUACACCAGCAGCCAGAGUAACCACAACACCCUCAGCCGUCUCUCCCAUCCCCCUCAGAGCAGCCCGAGGCCUGCCACCCACCAGACUGCCGCCUUCCCUGUGGCUCAGCUGGGGAGAUAUUAUUGCAAGAUUGUUUACUAUCACAGCCUUGAUGGUGGCUCCGGGGUCUGGCAGUCAGGAGGGGCUGGAGGUGCUCCACACAUGGGAGUCUGCGGGUGGGAGGCAGAGUGAGCACGUGUUCCUGGUGGUCCAGGAGCAUCUGCCUCCCUCUGCCUCCCACGCCCCCUCUCAGGAGCCUUCAGGGCUCCCUAGACCCUGCACUACCAAGUCCAGAACCUUUGUCCAAUUUAAGGCUGGAGCUUUCACAAUUAGAAUCCCAUACACCAUUUCACCCUUGUACUCCUUCACCUCCCUUUUCAUUUCCUGGUUGCCACACCCAUUGUUCUUUCCUGCACGUUCCCGUCUUUGCUUUUACGCUUUCCGGCUCCCUUAUGGAACAGGGAUCAUUUUCCAGCCAGGUAUCCCCUCACCCUUGUUGUGUAACUGAAUCCUACUUGCUCUGGGAAACCACUCCGGGGUCACUCUGCCCUGUGCUUUGGGUAGAGGUUGGGUAGAGCAUGGGUCUUUGACCAGUGACGACCUUAUGUUUCCCUGGCACAGUGAUUCAUUUAUGGAUGGGCACAUGACCCAGGCAGAGCUUGUGAAACGUAACUUGACUAGAGCAUGCUAGAACAGAGGCAUGAAACUGAAGCCAAGGGGAUGUGAGGUCUGGAGCUGCUCCUUCAUUGGUUCGAACUUCAGAAGGUGAGGUGACAGCAGUGAGUGAGCAGAUCCUGGGGGCGGCGCUCGAGCCCUAGAAUCAAGGCACGGCUGAAGCUCAUCCCAAGCCUGGACUUGACGGUGACACGAACCAAUAAAUUCCUUUCCAGUU